UAUCAGUACCAUUUAAUAUUAUAACGUUUCCUGUCUUUCUUAGAUUGUAACCGAAGAGGACAUCAAGUCCAUGCAGGCACCUUCUAAGGACGUGGCAUUCCAGAUGCUGUUUCUCGACGUCAAUGGAAAGCUGACGGUGGACAGAAUGCUGAACAUGUACCAGAACUACGCGCCUCUACAGGUGGCUAAGAGAAGGAUCCUGGGUACCAGAUCUGUCGAGACUGCCGGACAGUACUACGGAACUCUCAUGGACUUUGUAGGCAGCAAGAACUCACUCUCUGAGAAGGACAUAGACCGAUGUAUCGGGGUGGACGUGGACUAUCUCUCUACCAUGGACUUUGACAUGGCUCCUACGGACAUGGAGUUCCUCAUGACUCAAGGAGCAACUGCGGCUACUGCCUUCAUCAUGGAGUUUGCGGAGGAUAAAGAGCUAAAGAGCAGGGACCAGCCUCCUCCUCCUCCUCUGUGAUACUCAUAUUCAUUACACAAUGCCGAAUCCUGUAAUGCCAGAGAUGGAGAGUUCCGUUCAAAACACGUCGUUACAAUGAAUCAUGUCAAAAUCUUGAGAAAAUGAGAUGCGCAAAAUUAAUUUUGUACCAGUGUUGAAUUUGUAAUCAUCCCUUGUCCUAAAUUUUCACUAUAACAGUAUGUAGAAGAACGACAAUGUUAACGAUAUGAAGAAUAUGGCCAGUUAUGGAUCGUAUUUGAGAAUUUGCUGUGGUAGUGGGAGGGAGUAGGUGUGUUUUGUUCCCGUAAUAUUCAUUCCUGCAUAAAUAUCUAUUUUUAACUUUGAUAAAGGCCGCUUGUUUGAUGUCGAUAUUGGUAAGGCUACUCGUACAGAAAUUGUGGAUUUGUAUCUUACGUCUUCCGGUUUAGUAACAAGGUACAGUCGAAUUUCGUCUCCAAAUGGCCAGUGAAAAUGAAUGGUGACAGAGGAUGGUUGUAGACAAGUAGACAAGGGGUUCUUAACUAUGCAAGAGUGAAUGGAACUGUGUGAUUUUAUGGCUUAAUGCCAAUGUUCAUAAUUUAUCUACAUGUAUUUUAGAAUAGAAAAAAUGUCAUGUCAUAAUCGGGUUCAGUUUACGUGUUGGUAGCUGUCUUUGUCAAAGUAUUUUAGUCCUCUUGUUUUAUCCACUUACUAUUUUGUCAAUGUUUAGACAUAAGUUGGUAUGUUGAGGUGGUUGAGGGAUGAAGGCAAAUGCAGCUGGGAGGGAGUAAUAAAUAGAUUUUAUGCAAAACCAA